AUGCCUACCCCACGGCGCAACGAGGCCAGCAACAGAGUCGGAUAUGUCGUUGUUGAGAAGGAUGGUGUCGAGCACAAGAGGUGGCUGGAUCCGGAAGAGCCCAUGGCCAACGUAAAACGGGUAGUUGGAUCAUCUUGGCCCACGACGCAGCCGUCACGCCCCAGGGACGACGACGAUGAUUAUCAUUACGACUCGGACGACGACGAAUACAAGACAACCCCUGUCGCCUCGCUGCCACUCCCAUCAAGCACAACGCUGAGCACAAUGUCCAUCAAUUCCAGCCCCAGACCCGCCGCUAUCCCCGCUCAGACGCCAGUGGCGGAGAUGCAACCGCCUGAGCCUCAGGGUGACACCAGGCCCAUUUCGCAAACGACUGAGCACUUGCUCAUUGCUGCCGGCUCCAUUGGUGCAACCAUUAUCAUUGUCAUGCUCGUACUGGCCAUCUACACGAUGCGAAAACGCGGCGUCAGUAUCAAGGGUCUUCUCCACCCGGGCAAGGGACCAUACCAAAACGGCCCACCACCAUCACUCGCCUCGCGCUAUGGACAGGACCACAAGUACAUGUACGGUGAUGAGCGCGGCUACGGAAUGAACGACUCAAUCAACGCUCCUCGUCCAGCUGCCUACUCGGUCAAAUCUGGCUCAUUUUCAACGCAAAAGCCCCUCCAGUCUCUCGGACGCAGCGACAGCUUCAACCAGCCCCCCACGCGAGAUGGCAACCGGAGCUUUUACGAAGAUGCCUCGGAACCGGAUUGGCAUCGUCGCAACAACAGCACAACGCCAUCCUCGCCGGUUCUUCCCAUUGAAGGACAGCGGCAUAGCGCAUCAAGUCGCAACACUCGGUCCAUUCUCGACGACGACGAAGCGCUGCAAUUUGCCGAAGUCCAAGGACGGCCUCCUAGCAACCUCCCAGCUCCUCCGACCUUCCGCCAGUUCCUGUCAAACCGACCCUCCAUCUCCCAACGGCCUGGCUUCGGCGGUAUUGGCGCUAUGGCAAGCCGGUUCAGCUGGACAAACUCAAACGCCCCUCAAACACCUCACGAUCCGUCACGCGAUACCGUUGCCCAAUCGGUUGGCCGUGACAGCUACAUCACAACACGCUCUUCGGUCCCUCGCUUCCGCACAGUCGACUCGUGGGUCAACCAGCAAUCGAACCGUGUGGAAGAGCAGCGCCUCAAGCAGCAGUUCCGCAUGACACAGUCUACCGCAUGUUCCGACGACGAUGUGCCCGAGAUGCCAGCCCUACCAGCAGGAGUUUCCAAGAACAACAGUGCCAUUGCUCUGCAACCCACGGGCUUAGCGCGGAAUGGCAGCAAGAGUGGGCUUGUAGGACGGGACAUUAAGCACCAGAGACAUGACACACAAACCACGGCACCCAUCUUCAAGGCACACAGGUACCGAGGUUCGCUUCAGCGCGCGCAGUGA